AUGUCCCUCACCGACGAUGACAUUCAUGUCAUCUUUGAAAGUUUAGACGUGUAUCUUAACACUAGGAUACUACAGGCGCUCACACAUGGACUCUACACUGGUAUCCUGAUUGUCACGUUCUGGAGUAUCUUUAGAUCUACAAAAAACUCCACCGUUGGAAGAUGCAUCAUGGUCCUCGCCAUCUCUUCCCUCUACGUUCUCGCCUCCGUUGCGCUAGGCGAGGUUUGGGCAUUCACGCACCACGCAUUCAUUGAUGAAGGUCAAAACUGCUAUGCCGUAUACUCGGAAUUGUAUGGAUUUAGUCCAAUGUCGACCCAAGCAACGUUAGCAGCUGGUAUCACCUCUUGUAUCAGUACAGUUAUUGCUGACUCCUCGCUGAUCUGGCGGUGUUGGAUCCUCUGGGGGCGUCGAUGGCUCGUCGUUGUCAUCCCCAUCCUUUGUACUGUUCUAGGCACAGUGUUCAAAGCCAUCGAGUCAUAUCACACUUGCUUCGAAAGCACCGCCGAUAAUAACGACGAUUCUUUCGAUUAUAGUGGCGGUGUCAUUGAUUGGAUGAUGUCCUACCUUGCGUUUACGCUCACCACGACACUUUGGUGCACCAUCUUCCUACUGUACCGCAUUAUGAGUGUUGCAGGGUCCAGUCAUGGACCAGGAAUACGCUCCUACCGCGGAGUUCUUGAAGCGCUUGUUGAAUCAGCGACCCUCUACGCCAUUGCACUGAUCAUCGACAUGGUAUUCGUGGCUUGUAACCUGGUGAACGGCUACUAUGUCGACGUUUUGACCGCUGCUAUAAAGGGAAUUGCACCGACGCUUCUGGUCGGACGCGUCGCAGCGGGACAUGCACGACCAGAUGACUCGGCGCAAGAGAGUACUCGCACAGUAUCCUCUCUUAAUUUCGGAGCUCGUUCUCUUUCAACGAUGCAGGAAGCUCAAGUUACGCGGAGUGCUGAACUUGAUGAGAUCGAUAACAUGGUGGAGCGAAACAUUGCUUCCAUGGAAGGAGACCAAGAGGCAGGACCAUUGGAUCUUGUGUGA